AGCUAGCGAGCGAGAGAGCGCAAGCGAGCGCGAGCCGAGGGAGCCGCUGGGCUGCAGGAGAGCGGUAGCACUCGGCCGGCCGCGAAGUGGGGAUCGGGUACUGGACGCAGGACCCCCGCGGCCUCUCCCUCGCCCUCGCCGCGAGCUCAGCGACUUCCCCGGCUCUCCCCUUGGCACCAUGAGGAACAUCUUCAAGAGGAACCAGGAGCCCAUCGUGGCUCCUGCCACCACUGCUGCCACCGCCACCAUGCCAGUUGGCCCCGGGGACAACUCCACGGAGAGCGGGGGUGCUGGCGAGAGCAAGGAGGACAUGUUUGCAAAGCUGAAGGAGAAACUCUUCAAUGAGAUCAACAAGAUCCCCUUACCUCCCUGGGCUCUGAUCGCCAUCGCUGUGGUCGGCGGGCUCCUGAUCCUCACCUGCUGCUUCUGCAUCUGCAAGAAGUGCUGCUGCAAGAAGAAGAAGAGCAAGAAGGAGAAGGGCAAGGGCAUGAAGAACGCCAUGAACAUGAAGGACAUGAAAGGGGGGCAGGACGACGACGACGCAGAAGGGGGCCUGACUGAGGGGGAAGGCGAAGAGGAGGAGGAGAAGGAGCCGGAAAACCUGGGCAAGCUGCAGUUUUCCCUUGACUAUGACUUCCAGGCCAACCAGCUCACCGUGGGCGUCCUGCAGGCCGCCGAACUGCCCGCCCUGGACAUGGGCGGCACCUCUGACCCCUAUGUCAAAGUCUUCCUCCUCCCAGACAAGAAGAAGAAAUACGAGACCAAAGUCCAAAAGAAGACCCUGAACCCGGCCUUCAAUGAGACCUUCACCUUCAAGGUGCCGUACCAGGAGCUAGGGGGCAAAACCCUGGUGAUGGCUAUCUAUGACUUUGACCGCUUCUCCAAACAUGACAUCAUUGGAGAGGUGAAGGUGCCCAUGAACACGGUGGACCUCGGCCAGCCCAUCGAGGAGUGGAGGGACCUGCAAGGCGGGGAGAAGGAGGAGCCAGAGAAACUGGGUGACAUCUGCACCUCCCUGCGCUACGUGCCCACGGCGGGCAAGCUCACCGUCUGCAUCCUGGAGGCCAAGAACCUGAAGAAGAUGGACGUCGGGGGCCUUUCGGACCCCUACGUGAAGAUUCACCUGAUGCAGAAUGGCAAGAGGCUCAAGAAGAAGAAGACGACGGUGAAGAAGAAGACGCUGAACCCCUACUUCAACGAGUCCUUCAGCUUCGAGGUCCCUUUCGAGCAGAUCCAGAAAGUCCAGGUGGUGGUCACCGUGCUGGACUAUGACAAGCUGGGCAAGAAUGAAGCCAUCGGCAAGAUCUUUGUUGGCAGCAACGCCACGGGCACGGAGCUGCGGCACUGGUCCGACAUGCUGGCCAACCCCCGGAGGCCCAUUGCCCAGUGGCACUCUCUCAAGCCCGAGGAGGAGGUGGACGCCCAGCUGGGAAAGAACAAGUAGGCUGUGGCGGCGGUGGCGGCGGCGGCUCCCCUCACGGACGCUGACAGAUCCAGAGCUAUUGAUACCUCAGCUGUGCAGCCUUAGAGGUGUUUCUUUUCGCUGGUCCCUUUGUGUUGUGUCCUUCGUCCCUUCCCCUUUGAGAGGACCCACCUCCCCCUGGUGGCCCUGUGAGGGCGGCCCCUAAAGGGCGAGCGAGAAUCGGUGUUCUUUUCAUUGUUUGGGGGUCGCCCUUGCUGUCUGCCCUGUCACGACCCG